AUGUGUCAUGGAAUGAACCCGGGCCCAGGAGAUGGGUUUCUAGAGCAGCAGCGGCGGCGGCGGCAGCAGCAGCAGCAGCAGCCGCCGAAGCCUCAGUGCCCCCAGAGGCUCCUGGCCGUGAUCCUGUGGCUCCAGCUGGCCCUGUGCCUGGGCCCCGCGCAGCUCACAGGGGGGCUCGAUGACCCGCAGGCGUGCGCCGACCCCGGCGUCCCCGAGAACGGUUUCCGGACGCCCCGCGGCGGGGUGUUCCUUGAAGGCUCCGUGUCCCGCUACCACUGCCAGGACGGCUUCACGCUGAGGGGCUCCAGCAAGAGGCUGUGCGUGAAGCACCUCAACGGGACCCUCGGCUGGAUCCCGAGCGACAGAUCCGUCUGCGUGCAAGAAGAUUGCCGUACCCCCUUCAUCGAAGACGCCGAGAUCCACAACAGGACCUACAGGCACGGGGACAAGCUGAACAUCACCUGCCACGAGGGCUUCAAGCUCCGGUACCCCGACCUGUACAACGUGGCCUCCUUGUGUCGCGAUGACGGGACGUGGGACAACCUGCCCAUCUGCCAAGGCUGCCUGAGGCCGCUGGCCUCUUCCAACGGCUAUGUGAACAUCUCCGAGUUCCAGACCGCCUUCCCCGUGGGCACGGUCAUCGCCUACCGCUGCUUCCCCGGCUUCAAGCUCGAGGGCUCGGCCUAUCUCGAGUGCUUGCACAACCUCAUCUGGUCGUCCAGCCCACCCCGGUGCCUUGCUCUGGAAGUCUGCCCGCUGCCCCCCGUGGUGAGCCACGGCGACUUCGUCUGCCACCCGCGGCCUUGCGAUCGCUACCCCCAUGGGACCGUGGUGGAGUUUUACUGCGACCCGGGCUACAGCCUCACCAGCGACUACAAGUACAUCACCUGCCAGUACGGCGCCUGGUUCCCCGCCUACCAGGUCUUCUGCGUCCGCUCCGAGCAAACGUGGCCGGGCGCCCACGAGACCCUCCUGACCACGUGGAAGAUCGUGGCGUUCACGGCCACCAGCGUGCUGCUGGUGCUGCUGCUCGUCAUCCUGGCCAGGAUGUUCCAGACCAAGUUCAAGGCCCGCUUCCCCGCCAGGGGCCCCCCCAGGAGCUCCAGCAGCGACCCCGACUUCGUGGUGGUGGACGGCGUGCCCGUAAUGCUGCCGUCCUACGACGAGGCGGUGCGCGGCGGCCUGAGUGCCUUAGGCCCCGGGGUCCUGGCCCCCGGGGGCCGGGGCUGCCCGCUGCCCGCGGACGACCAGAGCCCCCCGGCCUACCCGGGCCCCGCGGACACGGACGCGGGCCCCGGGGCGUCCGACACCCUCGACGGCGGCGGCAUCGUCUCCGGGUCUUCCGAGCGGCUCCCGAGCCUGUACCCGUCCCCCCAGGGCCAGGGGGGCGCCCGCCCGGCUUCCGACAACCCGGACUCGGCGGCCGGCCCCGCGGCGGGGGAGGUGGCCUCCACCAGCCCGGGCAUCGACAUCGCAGACGAGAUCCCGCUCAUGGAAGAGGACCCGUAG